AUAGCUUCUGAGUAAUCCUGAGGUCGAGAGUUCGAGCCUCUCUCACCCCAUGAACUUUUUUAUCCCCUCUUUUUUGGUGAAAAUUUCAAAUUAUGCGCCAAAUUUGCAGUACAAAUUGACCCAAAAUCGCAUUCUGAAGAAUUUUUUUGGUGAAGAAGAUGAAAAAGCAAAGUACAAAUUGACCCAAAAUCGCAUUUUGAAGAAUUUUUUUGGUGAAGAAGAUGAAAAAGCAACCUGAAAUACUACCAUUGGGACAGCGGUCAAUUGCUUCAACUUUUCUCUUUCGUUCUCCAAAUCAGUCUACUGGUUGUGAGAAGAAAGUGGAAAUCAGAGGUUCCAAUCAAAAGGGUUCUAGCAUAUCUCUUUCCGACUUCCUCAGCAAAAAAUUGCACAGAAGUCCUGUUUUGCCCGGAGUAGUUCCUGCAAACAAGAAAUUCUCGGUGCCAACAUGCAGUAAAGACACAAGUAAGUGUGUGAAUGGACGAUUCAAUUGUUCGAAAGAUGGAGAAACAGGAAUUCCAUGUGCUCUUGAUGCUAUUUUUGAACAAUACAAGAACACCAUGAAAGAGAACCAAGAUGUUUCUGCUCCUAAUGAUUCCCGUGAAGUUCCCAUCAAAGAUAAUGUCAGAACAUCUAGAAAAAGAGUUCUUAUGGAAGGUUAGCCAUUCUUUCAGAAAAUAAAUGAGUU